AUGUUGUUGCUCAGCAGAAGUGCCAACUGCCAAGUCGGAGGAUUUGCUUUGGCCUCCAUAGCAUGGAUCCUUUGCAGCAUCUCCACAAGCCUCCCACAGUGGCGAGUCUGGUAUUUGAACGAAACCAUGUUCUCCGAGCCUACCAUAGCCUUUGUAGGAAUAUGGAGAGUCUGCAUUUACCACCAGAACUUCAAGCCUGGUAAUGCCAGAGGGUGUCAUGAAUAUACCUAUCAUGACAACUUUGUUCCUUUGGAUAUUCGUAUCAUUCAACACUUGUUACUGGGCUCCAACGUUCUUGGGUUAAUUGGGACAGUGGCCACCAUUUUUGCUCUUCGAAAUGUGUACACAGGGAACAUACAGAAGAAUGUCGCCUACAAUCCAUUUGUCAUUUCAGCCAUUCUCAACAUCAUUGUCAGUAUCUUUGUCCUCCUUGCUGUCAUAUGCAAUUACUUCUCUGUCAUUCACAAAGCAGGAAUUGCCUUCCCACCAUCUUUCCAUAUGCCUUUGCAGCCACCUAAUCAGAGAAUUGGAAUUGCUAACGUAGUGGCAAGUCUAGCUGCCAUCAUGUUUUUAGGCAGUGGUAUUAUUUUUCUUUCGUACAUCUCUGUUGUGGAAAACCAAGUGUUUCCUGAGGUUUGA